UUGACUCAGAAUUGUCAUUUCAAGGUUGUAAUUCUAUAUUUGGUAAUGUCAGCCUUGAGAGUCACAAACAUUAGCGUGAACAACACGACUCAUUCUCCUCAAAAACCCAAAGCCGCAAAAGGCACUUUUUGACCGAGCGCUGCACUUUGUUGUGCGAAACAACACUCUACAGGAUAUCGACAGCUUUCUCUUCUUACACUUCGCACGCUAUGUCAAGAAACGACUUCCCCAGUCAAUUGUUUAGAUACUGCGGGACCGCCCAUCGUGAUGGCAACGGAUUGCAUAAGCAUCCGUGGGUCCGAGAUCUUGAAAGCAGGUGCCAGAAAGCACUAUGGCAGUUGAUCAAACUGACGGGCCUUUAUCGUCCUAGACUUGCCAAUGAACGUGAUCUGCGGGAAUAUCUUCAGGCCUCCGAAGAUGAGCUUAACAAAUGUUGUGAGCGACUCACGCAGAUGCCUCUGUGUUGGAGAGAGGCGUUCUGGAGUAAAAGAUCAGAGCUCGAGACGAAGGUGAACAACUGGUGCGGCCUCAAUUUUGGAAUUCUGCCGCAACUACCUUGGAACCUCCCACCUCGGGACGCGGAGACGCCAGAGAUACGUGGAAUGGACGGUGAGCUACUAAAUGACCAAAACGGGUAUGCUGGAUCUGCUGUCCAGCACUCCGGUGCCGCCGUGCUACUACGAUCGCCAGCGGAUCGAUUCAAACCCAGGCGUACAGUCGGCCAACAGCGCCACCCUGGUAGCACGUACUAUCCGUCUCGCAGGCAGGGGCCAGAAUCAAGACCAAAACAGAUGGAACAUGCCUCUCAGCACCAUCAACUCGCCGAUAUCACGGGAGUUGUUGGGAGGACGCCUUUCAAUCUGAGCUUCUCCAUGGAUGUGCCCUUGAGUCAAGGCUCGAACAGAUCUUCAACGCCUCGAACGCGUCCAUCCACGUCGGCACCACGACGCACAUAUGAAGACUUAGUUGAAUAUGACCGUCGUGAGUUUGAGCGCGAAAGCAUUAACCGUGAUCCAGCUAGAUACGGCGGGAUUGUCAACGCCUUUACGCUAGAUGAAGACCCUCUGUCACGGCCGUUACAGGGACUGCACAAGAUCAUUACGCUUGUUGACGAACAGAACAUGCCUCAACAUGAAUUCAAGCUGAUUUACAAGCAGGAUGAUGCACAGACUCGUGACCUAGUAACCAUUCUAGAGACUAAAUUGCAGGCCGACCGUGAGAGUCAAAGAAGUAAAAGCAGAUCCUAUGACGUUGCCAUAAACGCUAUUCGAAGAGGCGUUGUUCAGCAGGUCACCUGCAGCGAUACAGCUGGAGGCGACAUUUGGGUUACUUCUGAGAACCGAAUUGAGGUUGUCCGUGUUCUCCUGGACUUGGUAGGCAGCGAGGUUGGUAAAUGGACGUUAUUCGGCCUCGGUGUCGGAAUGAGUGAAGGGAGACUGUAUCUGCUCCAAGUCUUCGACUGA